AUGGCCCCUAUCCUGGCCCUUCCCAAUGAGACAUUGGAGCGUAUCCUCUCGUUCAUUGCUUCCCCUGACCUUGCCCCUGAUAGCGAUGAUGAAGACCGUUCCUUUAAGGAACCUGACACCAAUUUCGUUCGCGAAACUCCCAAGGGGCGUGCGCAUUAUAAAUUGCUUGAAGAGAAGGAAAUCUGCCACAACACUCUUCGUGACACGUGCUUGGUCUCACGCCGAUUCCGUGAUCUAGCCCAGCCCCUUCUCUUCCGCGAUUUCCAAGAUGAUGGCGAUGCAGGGGAUCUCACUAAAACGCUUAAAUUCACCAAAGCUUUGUAUCGCCGACCAGAACUCGGAGAAAUAUACCAGGAACGUUACACUGUCUCCUUCAAGUGGAAAGUAGACCUUUCAUCCGAUGAUGUCGCGUUCUUUACACCGAUCAUUAAGGACAUGAACCUGCCCGUUGCCGAGGAAGAAUACUGCUUGAGGGCAAUGAAACAGCUCGACGUCAGCUUUUUCACUACAUUGCUAGUGAACAAAACACCCAAUCUGCGUUGCUUAGUUUUACCAGCAGAGCACUUCUCCGCCCUCCCACUAGUUAGUCUUAUGAAACGGAAUCCUGCCAUCUUGUCCACUCUUCAAAGUGUGUGGCUAGAGGUGGGUGAUGCUCGAUCGGAUCGGGGCUGGUCCCUGAAUAAUUUCAAAGAACUCUUUACGUUGCCCAAGCUCAGACGCACUGUUGCGGAGUUCGCCAAUCUCGUUGACUCGGACUACCCAGAGACCUGGACACCCGGGUCAUUGCCGGCCGAAGAGGCAGUUUUCCUCAACUGCCAUGCCGAUGCCAAAUCCAUCACAAAGUUCAUGAAAGCCUGCAAGAACCUCAAAGCAUUCACCUUCAGGAACUUUGGUCUUAACCCGUUCUUAAUUCGCGACACGACUGGGCUCGCCCAUAAACAGUUCAACGCCAAGGAUGCCGUUGAUGCUGCGCUCGCUCAAAAGGAUACACUGGAGCAUUUCCAUGUCGAUUUUGCGCGGAUGCCCGAAGACGUCGGGACUGCCGAGGACGUCAAACGGUAUAUCAGACGAACCGUCAAGAUUAGCUCUCUUCGCCCCUUCACUGCUAUGAAAAGUCUCAUGAUCCCUCAUGCGGUUCUACCAGCUCACCCAAAGUUUCCUCCAAACAUCGAAAUGCUCGAAAUUCAUGACUGCAACUCGUCUGUUGUUGAUAUGGUUGCAGAGGUUGCCGCGGAGGUCAAGAAGGGCCGCUACCCAAACUUGAAGAUAUUCAUGUGUCUGGCUACCGAUGUCUCGCGGCUUGUGAAGCUUACCGGACAAAUUGUUCCACCUGGGAAAACCCCACAUGAUAUGAUGAUGAGUCUCCUGGACUUGUUCAAGGGUACCCAGGUGGACUUCCGUAUCAAUCCGUACGUCCUGCCCGACUUUGACUUAUACGAUUCAGACGAAGAUGAAAGCGACGAAGAUGACGACGGAUCGUUCCCUCUUGGUGGUCCUGGGGGUGCUGGCGGGGGGCUUGAAGCUCUUCUUGGAGGCCUUCUUGGAGGUCGACCCGGAGUCGGAGGUGGCCCACCGGGCCCUGGUGGACGGGGCCCUAUGCCACCGGAGCUUCUCGAAUACUUCAUGGCGCGGGCUCGAACAGACCCGGACUUUGCACAUCUUUUCCGCUAA